CUUGGAACGCAUGAAAUGACUAGGGACCCAAUGUCUCAACUGCCGUUAGCUGCUAUAAGAACCUCUCCUUUUCUUUUUCUAUUUUGAAUGCAAUCACUUCUAAUCUGCGAGGCGGCAAGAUGGCCUCCAAAUUAAGCUCGCUGCCGGCGUUGAGAAGACAGCAUCUUUUGGUUGAGUUCGCAGGGCUUAAGCAGGCUUGUCCUGAAGGCGUCUUUGUAAGCCUUACACCGGGCGAUCCUAGUCUUUGGUCCGGAGUAUUGUUCGUUCGGGAUGGCCCUUACGCUCCCGCCGUACUGCGAUUCCAAAUCUCCUUUCCCGAUUCGUACCCAAGACUGCCGCCACUGGUUACCUUCUCGACCGACAUGUUUCACCCUUUAAUUACUCCUCUAAGCACGUAUAUGUACUCGACCGACGUCCAAGACAAUGGAACAGUGAGCGCCACCGAUGCCGAACGAUUGCCGCCCGGAGGGUUUAGUUUAAGGCAUGGAUUUCCCGGCUGGUUUAGGCGGUCAAGCCGGAGCCAAAAUGUCAGUAGUGGUAGACAAUCGAGCGGGCAACAGGAUGGUAUACAGACGCCUCACCGCCCGCCUCCUCCGUCGAUGAGCAGCGCAGGCACUCCCGGCUCGAAAGGGUCCGCCGUCGGCGCGUCACCUGGAUUCGCAGAAACAAAGGGAAAUGAAAUAUCUACAUACGAAGUCCUGCGAUACAUACGCAGCACAUUUAAUGACGACGACGUCCUGGAUUCUGUUCCUAUCGAAGCUGCUGGAAACCCUGGUGCCUGGCGUGCAUGGCGACAAUAUCGUAUCGACAACGGGAAAGUGUUCUCCGAAACUACUAGCAGCGCCGGUGCGACGGAUACCAACCCCGAAGUAAAGACCCCCGAUCCGGCAAGAAAACCCGGCGAAUGGAAUUGGGAAGGUGUAUGGGAAGAAAGAGUUAAGAAAGCGGUGACUGCAAGUUUAUCUGAGCCAGUUUUGUAUGGUGGAGUAGGUGCUGCCGAUGAUGUGAUCCGCUUUCUGAGUAUGGAGGACAAUGACGUAGAUGUUGUCAAGGAUAACCUUCUGCGAACCCUGGAUAACGAAUCAUGAUUGUGCUUUCCCAUAAAUGCGUAGGUGUAUAUAUGUAUGGUGGAAAGGGAGGAAAGUGCAUCUUUUUACGCCUGAGAUGUCCUUAUGAAGAGAACUUAAAGAAGUCUUCUAAUCAUGGAUUUUUGAUACCCAUACCAUAUACAAUUCAGUUCUACCCCUAACCGCGCUUUUACCAAUACAACUUCAAGGCUCGAGCUAUCUUGCUUUAUCUGUAUUUUUCCAUUCUUCUUUUCUACGCUUCUUACGCUUUUUACUUGACCUCGAUUUCUGUAUUCAUCUUACUAUCAGGAUUG